AUGUUGCUCAUAUUACUGCUCCUCACCCCACUCGCCACAAUUUUGGCUCAAGACCCGAUCGCCAUCGAUUGCUCAGCUCCAGUAGAUCUAGGAACCUCGAAAUCCUGUAAAGCCAAGCCAAGCUUAAAAUAUCAUUACGACCCGAAAACCAAGACAUGUUUGGCGUUUUUGUACACAGGAUGUGGUGGGAAUGCGAAUCGUUUUGAUCACGAAGGUGCUUGUUAUCAAUGGUGCGCGGGAAGUGAGUUUUGGGAGCCGAAAUUGGGAUUUGGGGCGAAGAAAACCUGAGAAAAGCGAAGAAAAAUUGCCACGAGACCCAACGGAAAACAACAUGUUCCUUUAAGAUACUGUAGAAAUUCGCAAGAAAGGUCAAAGGAACAUGUUGUUUUUUCGUUGGGUCUCGUGGCGAUUUGUGUGUUCUGAAUAGGUUUUCUUCGCUUUUCUUUUAAAAAAACGUGAUUUUUUGCAGUGGACAACUUCUCGUGCCCAUUGGGCUCUUCAAGUGUUGCAUCAAAAGAAAUGUGCUAUGAAGAUGUGAGUUUUUGGUGCCCCAAAAAAUUGUUGUUUUUGUCAUAUUUUUGUAGUUGCUGAGUGCAGAGAAGCUAGAGGGUAGGGACGCAGAGGGACAUACACUCGCUCCGCUCGAGCCGCUUGCGCGGAAGAUUCCGGGGCGCUUCGCGCAAGCUUGCGGAAAAUCAACUUUUCGAGCUAAAAAUGCUGGAAGUGCUAAAAAUGAGCAAUCCCAGCAUUUUCAGCGUCAAAAAUUGAUCUAGAAAUAUUAUUCACAAAAAUAUGUGACCCCCCUGAAAAUGGUGCUUCAGGAGGGGGGGGGGUCAACUUCAAGAGUAAUUUUUAGCAAAUAACUUUCUAGAUCAACUUUUCGAGCUGAAAAUGCUGGAAUUGGUUAAAAUGAGCAAUCCCAGCAUUUUCAGCGUCAAAAAUUGAUAUAGAAAUAUUUUUCACAAAAAUAUGUGACCCCCCUCAGGAGGGGGGGGGGUCAACUUUAAAAGUAAUUUUUAGCAAACAACUUUCUAGAUCAACUUUUCGAGCUGAAAAUGCUGGAAUUGCUUAAAAUGAGCAAUCAUAGCAUUAUCAGCGUCAAAAAUUGAUCUAGAAAUAUUUUUCACUGAUUUUUGGUAUACCAUUUUUGUAAUUUCGGCUCCUGGAUCCGAUUUCAUUCAAAAAUUUCAAAUUUCAAAUUUUCAGUCCCACUGCGGCACCAACAACUACUGUCUCAACGGUCAUCCAAUCAACAUUUGUUGCGAGAAAAAAUGGCGCGAAAAAUCGGACAAAGAAUACAACCCGAAAUGUCCCGCGGGGAAGAAAGCCUUCAAACCAACUGAUGGUGGAAUUGCGAGUUUGAGACUGGGCAAAUCGUGUAAAUCGAAUCAUUGUCCGGAAAAAGCCACGUGUGUUCAAGGAGAAUUUUUUGCAGCUUGUUGUGUUUGA